AUGCAGAAUCCAUUCCGUGUGGGAGUUUUGCGGUUUGCUGAAGCCAGCGGACUCGACGAGGGGUCUGCUAAGAUUCUCACGUGUUUGUUUCUCUCUUUUCCGCUCAGCGCGAUCUUUAAGAGACUGCCGGAUCAGAGACUUCAUGUUAAGAACUACUACAUCAUCGCCGUCAGUGCGGUGUACAUUUUCUUUAUUCUAGAAAUCUGGUCCGGGUUCUUUGUGCUGCUGUUCAAUGCGCUGUUCACGUUUUUGUUGGUCAAAUACUACCGGUCCAGGUUGAUGCCCUGGGUGAAUCUCAUCAGUUUGAUGUUAUUUUUAUGUGCCAACCAUCUUAAGGCUCAAUUCUUUGCCUCGACCUACGACCCGUCCGUGAUCGACAUUACCGGUGCCCAGAUGGUGUUAGUGAUGAAAUUGAGCUCGUUUGGCUGGUCUGUCAGCGACGGAAGACUGUAUAAAUCGGACACUGCCAAAUUCAACCAGCUCACCACUUUCCAGCGUUCCAGAGCAGUGCUGCAGUACCCCCCAAUCCUGUUCUUCCUCGGUUACGUCUUCUUCUAUGGCUCGCUUGUCACCGGACCCUCGUUCGACUACAGCGACUAUGAAAAGUUCAUUCUGACCGAUAUUUUCGACGACGUCCCGCUCAACAAACGGCCUGGCCGCUCCGUCAAGCGCAGAAUCCCGCGCAGCGGCAGAGUCGCGCUGCGUGGAGUUGUACAAGGCGCGUUGUGGGCCGCGCUCUGGAUCUACCUGUCUCCGAGAAUCACUCUUGCGUACGCAACGUCUCCAAGCUUCCAAGGACAGUGGUUCCUAUAUAAAGUUGGUUUCCUCUGGAUCCUUGGAAUCGUGCACAGAAUGAAGUACUACGCCGUCUGGUCGAUCAGUGAGGCCGGCUGUAUCGUGGCCGGUUUGGGUUAUAACGGUUAUGACCCAAAGACAGACAAAAUGUACUGGAACAGAGUGCAGAACAUCGACCCGUACGCUUUCGAAACGGGUCAGAACGUCCACGACUGUCUGGAAGCAUGGAACAUGAAUACCAACAAGUGGCUCAAGAAUUACAUUUAUCUGAGAACAUGCAAAAUAGACCCGGAAACUGGAAAACUCAAGCCAGGAAUGCUCCCAACGUUCAUCACUUUCCUCACGUCUGCUUUCUGGCACGGGACUAUGCCUGGAUAUUACAUGACGUUCAUUAUUGGCGCGUUCAUACAGACUGUUGGAAAACUGUUCCGCAGAAACUUCCGUCCGCUUGUUGCUUCCAAGGACAACUCCAACGUCUCCAAAUACAAGCCUGUUUAUGAUGUGAUUAGCUGGUUGCUUACGCAGUCUGCCUUUGGAUACAUUGUGCAGCCAUUUGUGCUACUGGAGUUCGUUCCGUCGUUCAAUUUAUGGAAAACGUGCUAUUUCUGGGUCCAUAUCGGAAGCAUUGUCACCUGUGUGUUCUUUGAUAGUCCACAAGGCAAGAAGUUUUCGAAGAAACUGCAAAAAUACCAUUUGCAACCGAUUCCUGUGGAAAAGCCUGUCAAGAAAGAAUCCCUUGCAAAACUCAAAGAACACUAUUCAUCGGCAACCAGCUUGCAUGACGCUAUCAAGAAGUUACCAGACUUCGACAGCCAGGAAGACAUUAUGGAGAACGUUGUUGUUCCUGAUGUCCAGGAGAUCAAGGACAACUAUGACAAGCUGGCCAAGGAGUUUGAUGAAUGGACCAGCUCUAAUAAAGAAACGGCUAUUGACAAGUCGGAGGUUGAGGCCGUGCGUUCUGCGUUGAACAACCUCGAAAAAGACGUUUUCUCAUAUUUGGAGAAAGCAAAGUCGACCAAGACAGAGUAA